AGAGGAAGCGGACCAGCCUUCGGCGUGGGGGAGCAACAGCGCGGGUUGUGUGGAGAUAGCGAGGAGAGGUUCGAAACGCCAGCUUGGCUGUCCGCCUCGUACCGCUGCAUCAUGGGGAAGCAGAACAGCAAGCUGCGGCCCGAGGUCCUGAACGACCUGAGGGAGAACACGGAGUUCACGGACCACGAGCUGCAGGAGUGGUACCGCGGCUUCCUGAAGGACUGUCCCACCGGCCACCUGACCGUGGAGGAGUUCAAGAAGAUCUACGCCAACUUCUUCCCAUACGGGGACGCCUCAAAGUUCGCAGAGCACGUCUUUCGCACGUUCGACACGAACGGCGACGCCACCAUUGACUUCCGGGAGUUCAUUAUAGCACUGAGUGUGACGUCGCGCGGGGGGCUUGAGCAGAAGCUGCGCUGGGCCUUCAGCAUGUAUGAUCUGGACGGGAACGGUUACAUCAGUCGGGCGGAAAUGCUGGAGAUAGUUCAGGCAAUUUACAAGAUGGUGUCAUCGGUAAUGAAGAUGCCCGAGGAUGAGUCGACACCAGAGAAAAGGACAGAUAAAAUCUUCAGACAGAUGGACAUUGACAAUGAUGGAAGGUUGUCAUUGGAGGAGUUCAUUAAAGGUGCCAAGAGCGACCCGUCCAUCGUCCGACUGCUGCAGUCGGAUCAGGGAACCUCCCGUCAGUUUUGAGGACACACACACAAACAGAGAAACCUGCUCUGCUGCAUGAGGAUACCAACAUCAAUCCAGCGUCAUACUGUUCCCGCCCUUUCAGUAACACUGUUUACAUUGAUGUGCAACUCUCUUACAAAUGCGUCUCCUCUAUGGAGUUUUUUUAUUUUUUAUUUAAAGUAUCCCCCCUGUAAUUUUCCUCAAAAUAUUUUCCUCUUUAGCGGUUGCCGUUAAAUGAAGUGCCAUAAUCAUAAGUUAAGCUUUGAUUCCAGUCAGUAUAGUGUUACAGCUACCGUUAUGUUGCGAUUGAAAGGAAACUAAUUAAAAGACUUAGACUUUGUUCAGCCGUGGUUUAGGAUAUCAACGGAAGCUUAGAGUCUUUUUGAGCAAGCUCUGUACGCCUCGAUAUAGCAUGGGCUCAGUUAUGUGCAUUUCUGGAUAUUGUGCGUAUAUCAUGUCAAUAAGGAGGCAGGGACUGAUUGUUUAUUCCUUUUUUUUAUUUUUGUAACAAAUGUCUUUUUGUUUUCACACAAUUGAAAUAAAGUCGUGUAAGAAAAUCUACACAAAAAGUCCCACAGACCCCUCCCUUUGUCCUGGACAGAGACGACAAACUCCCCGAGAUUCUUUUACAGUUUAAAAAAAAAAAAAAAAA